GCAGGGGAAAAUACGUCACCGGAAGUUGCGUUUUCGUACACGAGAAAGAUGUCCGCGCUCGACGUCCAGGAUUUCAUCGAGCAGAACCGGGCCACGGCCCAGCAAGUGGAGACGUUUCGGGGUUACUGGGAGAGUGAGAAGCACUGGGAGGCGCGGAGGGAGUUCAUCCUGCGGAACAUGAGCGACUUUGAGACGGAUCGGCUGGACCAUCUGCUGUCCCUGUCCAUGGUGUGGGCCAACAACGUCUUCAUGGGCUGCCGCUACAGCGCGGCGCUGCUGGACAAAGUGAAGGAAAUGGCCGAAGGCAUCGUGGUGGAGGACGCGCCCGUUUUCAAGACCAGAGAUGAAAUCAUGAAAAGUCAGAAGGGCCGAUGACCGGAACCGGACCCGCUGAAAUGUUUACCGACAGGGACAAAGUUUUUAUGGUUUUACAAUAUUUUUUUAAUCAUGUAAAGAAAUGGCUGCAUCUUCAGGGCAUUGGAGCAUCUCAUUGCAUAACGUUUUAUCGACUUCACUAGAAACGCACCGAUAUGAAGAUUUGUUGUGAUAUUGAAUACUGCCGUUACAGCCGAUAAUCAAUAUUACAUACAUUUUCUACCGUUUUGACACCUUUGGAAAGAAAACGACAAAUAAGAACAAAUAUUGGUUCGCAUCAGCCUGAUUUUAUUCAUCAAGCGUACCGAUAUGUUAAAUUAGUAAUAUCGGCCGAUACCGAUAUCAGGCAUCACUAGAUUUUACUACAUUCAGUUAUGCAUAAAUAUGUACAUUUACAGUGAAACUGCAUGUUUUAAUGUGUUUUAUAGCAGAAUAAAGAACCUUGUUUUUUAACCGA